AUUUAUCGGUGCAGGUUGAAAAUGGUUAUAUCCAAUACCAUCAUUCUCUCUAAUUCUCCAGUUGGAACACCUUCUAUACCAACCUCCACGGUUGCCAAGUUGGAAACUUUUUCGCUAAAAAAUGAUGGGGUUAUCAGAAUUAGAGGAGUUUCUGCAUCUUCAGUGGCACCCAGAAAUCGAAAAUUAGCAUCUUGUUCUGUUUCUGGGGGUGGCAAUGCCUCUGUUGGUAUUGAUGUACCUUUCCCUACUGAUUACACCCAGCUUCUGGAACAAGCUAGAGUAGCUGUGGAAUUGGCUAUGAAGGAUAACACUCAGCUAAUGGAGAUUGAGUUUCCAACAGCUGGACUAGGGUCUGUACCAGCAGGUGAUGGAGAAGGUGGAAUAGAAAUGACUGAGAGCAUGCAAUUGAUUCGUGAAUUUUGUGACCGCUUCAUUAGUUCAGAGAAAGCCUCACGAACAAGAAUAUUUUUUCCAGAGGCUAGCGAAGUUGACUUUGCCAGACAAUCAGCCUUUAGUGGAUCUUCUUUUAAGCUGGACUAUUUGACAAAGCCUUCAUUUUUUGAAGAUUUUGGUUUUGUUGAGAAAGUAAAAAUGUCAGACAGAGUGAAGACAGGAGAUGAACUUUUCUUAGUAGCCUACCCAUAUUUUAAUGUCAAUGAAAUGCUUGUUGUGGAAGAACUUUAUAAAGAGGCAGUCUUGAACACUGAACGGAAACUGAUUAUUUUCAAUGGAGAACUCGAUCGUAUAAGAUCUGGGUAUUAUCCACCAUUCUUCUACCCAAAACUUGCUGCUCUUACAAAGACCUUCCUGCCUAUGAUGGAAACCGUGUAUUACAUUCAUAAUUUCAAAGGUCGCAAUGGAGGAACACUAUUCAGGUGCUAUCCAGGACCCUGGAAGGUCCUUCGAAGAGUGGGGAGUAGUAAUAAAUAUGUUUGUCUACAUCAGCAAAACAGUAUGCCAUCCCUCAAGGAAGUUGCACUUGAGAUUCUACCAACAACUUGAUAUUUCAAGUUAUGGUAAUGGUAUUGUUUCCUCCAUGCCAUAACUUUGUAAAUCCGCUUUGGUCUUUUCUUCAGAGCUACACCAUUGUUUAUGCCAUGAAGACAAGAAACAACUUUCGCAUUAACUUCAUGUCUAUAAAAAACAACUCAGUCUACUUUUUUGUUUCUGAUGGAGGAAGAUUAAUGUAAAGCAAAUUUAUGGAAAAAAAG